AUGACCAGCCGCAAAACUGGCCCGGGCGCAGGCGGGCGCUGGAGCGACGGCGAGACGUCCGCUCUCCUGGACGCGUGGGGCCAGAUUUAUCUCCGCCGCAACCGCAGCUCGCUCCGCAUGGACGACUGGCUCACUGUGUGCAGAGCUGUCAAUGCUCACCGCGGCGACCUCAACCGCACCCUUGCUCAGUGCCGGACGCGUCUCUGUACACUCAAGCAGAAGUACAAGGUGGAGGUCGCCAAGGGGCUGCCGGCGUUGGGGUCUCCCCACUUGGCCCGACUCCGGGGCUUCCUGGCCGACUCCAAGUUCUCCAACGGCCCGCCUCCCGGCUUCGACGGUAAGACUCCGGCGGCUGCCGUCAAGAUGGAGGAAGAGGAGGAGAAGGAGGAAGAGGAGGGGGAGGAGGAGGCGAGCGGAUGCGUGGGUGGAUCGGCCGGCAGGAGUGAGGUCCCGGUGAAGCGCCAGCGCCACUUUUCCAGCCUACGGGACAUCCUGGAGCGAUCAGGCGACCCGUCCCUGGCAAAGACGCCGGCGACCGUCUGCUGCGGCUGUGAGUUGGUUGGGGGUUCGGCGACUGGGGUGACGAAGCUGGUGGCGGAGAUAAGGAAGGUGGCGGAGGUGCACGAGCGCGUGGAGAUGGAGAGGCACAAGUUCAAGAAGGAGAUGCAGAUCCUCAAGAUGAUGGAGCUGAAGGACGUGAGGCUGGAGCACAAGAAGGUGAAGGAGAAUCCGAAAGAAGCCGACGGCAAGUAG